AUGCUUGCAGGUUUCCUCUUUCUGCUCCCCCUCACAGGUGGGAUUACCUCCAAUUACACAGAGCCACCAGAGAUUCUUGAUGAUCAACAGAACUUCAAUCAGAGCUCUGAAGAACGUGAAAGUAUCUCAAAUUACACAGAGCUGCCAGAACUUCUUGAUGAUCAACAGGACUUCAAUCAGAGCUCUGAAGAAAGAGAUAAGGAUUCCUCUGAGGGUAAAUGUGGUUAUCAGGAUGUUUUAAACCACCUGAAUCUGACCAGAAAAAAAGAUCUGUACACCAUGGCCCGGCCUGUUAAAAAUUACAAUACAACUACAAUCGUACAGCUCCACAUACAGCUCUAUAGCAUCCUAGAUGUGGUAAAGAUUGACCAGACUUUCAUUCCUUACGUUUGGAUUUAUAUGUCUUGGAACAAUGAACACAUUCUGUGGGAUCCAAAGGAGUUUUGUGGUCUUGAUAGUAUAUCAGUUCCUAUUGAAGCAUUGUGGAAGCCAGAUAUAACUGUUGAAGAGAUGACAGAAAUGGAUAAGGCCCCUCCCAGUCCUUAUCUCCUCAUUGAAUAUUCCGGUCUGGUCGAACGUCUAAAUGAUAUGGUUCUGGUCAGCACCUGCAAGAUGCAAGUUUACAAAUUCCCCUUUGACAUUCAGAGCUGCAACAUAUCUUUCAAGUCUAUCGUACACAACGUCCAGCAAAUACGGCUUGAACAAGUUUUCGACUCUUCAGAGAUCAAAAAGUGGUCACAUGAGCUCCUGCGGACCCAGUAUGAGUGGCUGUUCAUCAGCAUGAAUGUCACCAACCAGAAUAUCAGCACUUUCAACCUUAAACAAAGCACGAUUGUUUACACUAUCACCAUGAAGAGGCGCGCUCUCCUCUAUGUUGUCAACUUCAUGCUGCCCGUCCUGUUCUUCUUGUGUCUGGACUUGUCCUCCUUCCUGAUCUCAGACAGAGGGGGCGAGAAGCUCAGUUUCAAAGUCACUGUGCUGCUUGCUGUCACUGUGUUGCAACUUAUUCUGAAUGACAUUCUGCCUGCUUCAUCAAACAAGAUUCCACUUAUAGCAACUUACUGUAUUGGGAGUUUUGGUUUGAUGAUGCUCAGCCUCCUGGAGACGAUUUUGGUGAUGAAUCUGAUGGAGAAAGACUCUGUAUCCCAGGACAACGAAGCAGACAGAGACCAAAGCCUGAGUGAGGACGGUGGGGACAAACAUGGCAAAGUACAUUUCCGCAACUGUUUUAGAGACAAGAAGAAAUUGACUGCUUGUGUCUGUGAUAUGUCCACUGGAGAAACUCCAUCAGAACUGCUGUCGGUGGCCAAAGAGGUUAGCAACAGCAAACUGACUGAGUCCUAUUCCUUGGAGAAGGUCUCAGAUGACCUGAGGGAGGUGAAGAAAACACUGACUGUGCUCCUCAACAGCAGGAUCGAAGAAGCAAAGCCUGGUUACUGGACCAGAGUCAUAGUGGACCUGUGA